AUGAUGGAUUUCUUCAACGCCCAGAUGCGCCUGGGGGGGCUCACCCAAGCCCCCGGGAACCCCGUGCUGGCGGUGCAGAUCAACCAGGAUAAGAAUUUUGCUUUCUUGGAGUUUCGCUCGGUGGAUGAGACCACGCAGGCGAUGGCGUUCGACGGGAUCAUCUUCCAGGGGCAGUCCCUGAAAAUCCGCCGCCCCCACGACUACCAGCCGCUGCCCGGCAUGUCGGAGAACCCCUCGGUCUACGUGCCGGGUGUUGUCUCCACGGUGGUGCCUGACUCCGCUCACAAACUGUUCAUCGGGGGCCUCCCCAACUACCUGAACGACGACCAGGUGAAGGAGCUGCUGACGUCCUUCGGGCCGCUCAAAGCCUUCAACCUGGUGAAGGACAGCGCCACCGGGCUGUCCAAGGGCUACGCCUUCUGCGAGUACGUGGACAUCAACGUCACCGACCAGGUACCCCCACAUCCCCCAGAAUCCUUCCCAGGGAGCCCCCACAACCCAACACUCGGCCACCCCCCCCCCCCAAAAAAAAAAAAUCUCCGGGUCUUUGGGUUUCUGCUUCCCAAACCCCGUCCGUGGGUGCCACCCCGAAGACAAACUCCGUGUCCCCUUUCCUACCCACGUCCGUGUGGUGCUCCCUUUCUUUUUAGGGGAGGUUUUGGGGUCUCCUUGGCCCUUCCCUCUUGGGGUGACGCCGUUUGGGUUUGGGAAGCCCCCGGCGCGGGCGGCCUCAAGUUCAGCCUCCCGAAGCGGCCCUUCGUGUUAACGAACCCGAGCUUUAACGAGCAGCACAGCACCGAGAAGCACCACGGGUAA